AUGCACACUGCUAUGGAAGCCGACCUGGGUGCCACCGCUGGCCACAGGCCCCGAAUGGAGCUGGACGAUGAGGACUCCUACCCCCAGGGUGGCUGGGACACAGUCUUCCUGGUGGCUCUACUGCUCCUUGGGCUGCCAGCCAAUGGGCUGAUGGCAUGGCUGGCUGGCUCCCAGGCCCGGCACGGAGCAGGCACACGUCUGGCGCUGCUCCUGCUCAGCCUGGCCCUCUCUGACUUCUUGUUCCUGGCGGCAGCGGCCUUCCAGAUCCUGGAGAUCCAGCAUGGAGGGCACUGGCCACUGGGGACAGCUGCCUGCCGCUUCUACUACUUCCUGUGGGGCGUAUCCUACACCUCUGGCCUCUUCCUGCUGGCCGCCCUCAGCCUGGACCGCUGCCUGCUGGCGCUGUGCCCACAUUGGUACCCGAGGCACCGCCCUGCCCGCCUGCCCCUCUGGGUCUGUGCCGGGGUCUGGGUGCUGGCCACGCUCUUCAGUGUGCCCUGGCUGGUCUUUCCCGAGGCCACGGUCUGGUGGUACGACCUGGUCAUUUGUCUGGACUUCUGGGACAGCGAGGAGCUGCCGCUGCGGAUGCUGGAGGUCCUGGGGGGCUUCCUGCCUUUCCUCCUGCUGCUGGUCUGCCACGUGCUCACCCAGGCCUUUGCCUGUCACAGCUGCCGCCACCAACCGCAGCCUACAGCCUGCCGGGGCUUCGCCCGUGUGGCCAGGACCAUUCUGUCAGCCUACGUGGUCCUGCGGCUGCCAUACCAGCUGGCCCAGCUGCUCUAUCUGGCUUUCCUGUGGGACAUCUACCCCGGCUACCUGCUCUGGGAGGCCCUGGUCUACUCCGAUUACCUGAUCCUGCUCAACAGCUGCCUCAGCCCCUUCCUCUGCCUCAUGGCUAGCGCCGACCUCCGGGCCCUGCUGCGCUCCGUGCUCUCUUCCUUCGCGGCAGCUCUCUGUGAGGAACGGCCAGGCAGCUUCACACCAGCUGAGCCACAGACCCAGCUGGACUCUGAGGACCCAGCUCUGCCAGGGCCGAUGGUGGAGGCCCAGCCACAGAUGGAUCCUGUGGCCCAGCCUCAGGUGAACCCCACAGCCCAGCCACGAUCGGAUCCCACAGCCCACGCACAGCUGAAUCCCACGGCCCAGCCACAAUCGGAUCCCAUAGCCCACGCACAGCUGAAUCCCACGGCCCAGCCACAAUCGGAUCCCAUAGCCCAGGCACAGCUGAACCCCACGGCCCAGCCACAGUCAGACACUGAGGCCCAGACCCCUGGACCCGCUGCCAGUUCUGCGUCCAGUCCCUGUGACGGAGCCUCCCGGGCCCCAUCCUCCCAUCCCAACCUAGGGGCCCCGGAGAACCCAGCCCCUCCUCCUGCCUCUGAAGGAGAGAUCCCCAGUGGCACCCCACCAGAGGAGGCCCCAGGCACAGGCCCCACGUGAGGGUUCAGGAAUGCCCAGGCCCGCCAGAGCAGCGAAAAAGCCCGGGGGAGACAGAGGAACCAGCCAGUCAGUCAGGCGGGAAGCCACGGACAGCGCUGUCCUUGAAAACCCUGCCGAGUCCCGCGGGCCUGGAGGGAGGACUUGAGGGAGGGGAAAUGAACCAGCCAAAGGUCUCAGGCAGUUCCAUGUCAGCGUCCCCUGCUCCCAGCCACCAGCCUCUUCCAUGGUUGCCCCCAACACACACACAGUUGCCCGACAGCCCCAAACCACAGCUAAUGGCGUCUUGCAGGGUUCUGUCCCUCAACACCCCAGACCCCGCUGACAGUUCACUGGGCCUCAGUCAUGCUGGAGGAAGACAGCUUCAGACACUUUCCUGGGCUUGACCUGACCCCCUUUCAUCCUUCCCUCCCUCUCCUCCGGUCCCAUCCUCCAGCCUGGACACAAGGACGCAAAACAAAAAAGUCCCUGCAGAGAAGGGGGUCUCCUGGGAGCCACCAGCUCCAAGCAGGAGCCUGAGGCCCUGGUGACCCACAAGCUGGCCUAGCAUGGCCAAGCCUGCUCCAGCAGUCCCAUGCCCCCAACAGUCACUGAGGCUGGGGCAGGGUCUCCCUCAGCAAGGCGCCAGGAGAAGAGGCCACAGCUACCUAGCCUGGAUUCAAAUCCAGCUCUGCCACAUCCCAGCUGCGCGACUCUGGAAGAGGAACUUCACCUUCCGAGCUCCCGUGUCACUGGCCAUUGUGAGGAUGAAAUGAGAACGUGUGUAAGGCACCCAAGAGCCUGUCGCAUGGAGAGGCUGGGUGAACUGGUGUUGUCCUUCAGCCACGUACAGGGAUGUCCCUUUAGGGGCUGGGGAUGGAUGGAGGAGGCAGCAGGGAGAGACACCACCUGGCCCAAGCAUGUGGGAUCUUGUGAUGCACUGUGGCUGAGACACCCAGAUGGCCUAUGAUCAGGGGGCCACCUCUGUGCCUUACGGGGCUGCAGAGGACUUCAAAGUCCGACUCUAUUUAAAACUUCAGUUAGCAUCCACCUGCUCCCCACCCACGUGGAGGGCUGCCUGGGAUUCUCCAUGGGGGCUGCAGGUGUGCAGGCCCCGAUCCUGCCUGAACAGCAUCCUCCUUCUGUCUGAGCCCAAAUGCACAGAUGGGAAGUUGUACACAGAGCUCGGGCACCAGUGGUUCUAGAAAGGGCAAAGGCUGGCCGGGCGCGGUGGCUCACACCUGUAAUCCCAGCACUU